GUUUUUCCUCUCAGCGCGCCAUGGGGCACUAAGCUGUCCUCUCCCCGCCUCACCUCAGCCCAGCCCUACUAGGCUCGCAAGUUGCUCUCUGCCAGAUACAGCCAGCGGGCAGCGGGCACUGCGUCACCAUGCCCAGCAUCUUCGCCUACCAGAGCUCCGAGGUGGACUGGUGCGAGAGCAACUUCCAGCACUCGGAGCAGGUGGCUGAGUUCUACAACACGUUCAGCAAUGUCACCUUCUUCAUCUUCGGGCCUCUCAUGAUGUUCCUGAUGCACCCCUAUACCCAGAAACGCUCCCGCUACAUUUACAGUGUCUCUGUCCUCUUCAUGGUCGUAGGCCUGUUCUCCAUGUACUUCCACAUGACACUCAGCUUCCUGGGCCAACUGCUGGAUGAGAUCUCUAUUCUGUGGCUGCUGGCCAGUGGUUACAGCAUAUGGAUGCCCCGCUGCUACUUUCCCACCUUCCUAGGGGAGAACAGGCCCCAGUUCGUCUGCCUGGUCGUCGUCACCACCCUGGUCAGUACCUUCCUGUCCUUCCUGAAGCCCACGGUCAACGCGUAUGCCCUCAACAGUAUCGCCGUGCACAUUCUCUACAUCGUGUUCCAGGAGUACAAGAAGACCAGCAAUAAGGAGCUUCGGCAUCUCAUUGAGGUCUCUGUGGUUUUGUGGGCUUUUGCAUUGACAAGCUGGAUCAGCGACCGCUUCCUUUGCAGCUUCUGGCAGCAGAUUAAUUUCUUCUACCUGCAUAGCAUCUGGCAUGUGCUUAUCAGCAUCACUUUCCCUUAUGGCAUGGUCACCAUGGCCUUGGUGGACGCGAGGUAUGAGAUGCCAGACCAAACCCUCAAAGUCCGCUACUGGCCUCGGGACACUUGGCCCGUGGGGCUGCCCUACAUCGAGAUCAUUGGUGACCACAAGAACUGUUGAAGUCUGCCUAUUUCUUGACUACCCAACCACCUGCCAACUCACCUGUGUCUCGAGGAGAGAGGCCUGGAUGAGGAAUCUGAAAGAUGCUCACAGUUCCUUCCUCCAGCUGCCUUUUCCCAUACUCCAUGUCCUGCAUGGCCUCUCCCCAAGGCAGGGCAUGGACCACAGCCUCUCUGUGCAGCAGUCUGACGGCCCUGGGGGGCUGCGAGCAUAGCUCCCCUUCAUGACCUGCCCGUUCUCUUCCAUCUCUCCUGUGUUCACUGCUUCCUCACUGGCUCCUGACCUGGUGGAGCCGAAUCACCAGGUGCUGUGGUUAUGUGGCAUCUACUGGGAGUGACCUCCGGCUGAGGCUUCGUCCAUGGUACCUAACUAAUAGUGGCGGUCACUACCAGGCUCUUUGGACCUGUCUUUGGCUGUGCACUGUCCCUGGUACUUGGGGACCAUCCCAGAGAAGGCACGUGUUUUCCAGUCACCUCGUUCUACCCUCACUCAUGCCUUCAGAGACUCUGUAGGCCCUCACACACACUCACACAUGGACUUAUCUGGCCAUCUCACUGGUUGACAGCUGAGCGAUAUGGACACCUGGGUGCUGGAGGUGCAGUCUGGGUGCCGUUGGGACAUGGGCAUCAAAAGGGGAGCAGGGGUGGCCACUACAGGCUCUCAAAGUGAGGGAGGAGGGGAGGAAGAGAGGAGGAAAAGAGGGGAGGAUAUUUUUCAUGGUGGUUAAAAGCACAGGGCUUGGAGUCAAGAGACUUAAGUUUGAAUCCUGCUCCAUCAUUUCCUAGUUGUAUAAUCUGGGGGAAGUGAUUUUUCCUACCUCUGAAGCUCAAAGUACCUUGUCUGUAAAAUGGAAAUGUUCUUUCUUUCAUGGGAUUUCUAUGUGAAUAAAACAAGAGAAUGUGUGUAAAAUGCUUA